AUGCCUCCCUUAUUGCAAAAUGAAUUAUUCUCUAAAUGGUUCUUGGCAUUUGAAGUAUCGCUUAGACUUUAUAUUGAGUUUUGCAAAAAUGAACCAAGAAUCUCUGUUAAAUACCAUUUAGUCGAUAGUAACAUUAAAGUUUAUGAAAUGCCUAUUGAUCUUCACAGAUUGACUACUAUCCAAAUUUAUUUAGCUAUCAAAUUGUACUCAUCUUAUCAGAAUAAUACUUUUGCACUUCUUGCAGUGCUUUACUUAUAUAGCAAUCAAAAUUCUACAACACAUAUAGUUGUUAAAUCAUUUAAAACAGCACCUUUCUCUAACCAUUCACAAAUAUAUCUUCAAAAUAUCAUACAGAAUGAAGUUAUCACUAGUGUCAGGUUUGAAAAGGCACCUUGUGAUGGUGCUAAUAUUGGUAAAUAUCAGCUAGCCAUCUCUACCAACUUACUUUUUAACAGUAUUGCCAGAAUUAAAAGUGUAUCUGAUAACUUUACUAUAGAUUUAUGGAGAUUGCAAGAUGCAAUUUUCACAAUUUAA